GGCGAGCCCGGGGUCCAGGCAGCCGCGGCGCGCCCAGCCGGGCCCGAGGGCAUGUGACUGCCGGGCGUCGCGGGGUCCUUCCAUCCUUCCCACCAUCCCUCCUUCUCCCGCUGGGCUCCUCCCCCGCUGACCGGGCACUCGCUGUGCCGGGCCGGGGGCGGUGGCGGCCGGCGCUGGACAGACAGCCCCCGGAUUCUAUCAACUUUCAAGAACAAAUGUGCCCUAUAACUCAUGGAAGAAAAACUACAAGUCAAGACAUCUUUGGGUUCCAAGUUGCCGAAGUAUGGAACAAAAUCUAUAGGCAGCACCCUGCAAUCAGUGUCGAAUGGGACAGCUGUUAAUUUAUCAGGGAAUUCUACAAGUAGCAGUGGCAAAAAUUUCAUCAAGCACAAUGGCUCUAUUAAUAUGUCUUCCUAUUCUUUUAACUGGAGAAAAUCAAAUAAAUACCAACUCAAUGAGCAGAGUAGUAGAGAUUCUCAUUCUACCCAGAAUUCAUGUGGCAAACUAGUUGACCCUGAAAAACAUGUUAAUGCUCAAGAAACAUUUGGUAAAGGUGGAUUAAAGAGGGAUUUGAAGAGUGUUUCUUUACUUACAUCAAAGAUAGCAAAGCCAUCCAAUAUGUUUGUUUCAUCUUCAGAGGAGUUAAACCAAAAGACUUUGUGUGGACUAUCUAGUUCAGGUAAAUUCACCAAAGCAUCGUUGUUAGGAAGGACUUCAUAUUCUUCACUUAAUGCUCCAAAAUCACAGUUAAAUGGAUUUUAUGGAAAUAGACCAACUAUAAGUAUGCAAAGGCCUAGAGCAAACUCCUGUACCACCAGAAACAGUUCUGGAGAAAGUUUAGCACAGAAUCCAGACAACAUGAAAUCUUUUCCCUGUGAAAAAAUAGUACGGUCACAAAGUUUUUCACAUUCCAUUCAGAAGUCUUUCCUUCCACUUUCAUCCAUAACUAGAUCACAUUCCUUCAAUAGGGCUGCAGAUCUGACAAGGCCUUAUCAAAACCAACAGUUGUCCCUUAGAGUAGCUCCAAGGUCAAACAUGCAGUCAAAAAAUGUAAGAUCAGAGGUUCUCAAUAGAAAUGAACAUUUAGCAUUUGGAUUUAAUAGAUCUUAUGCUACUUUUUCAAGUGGUGGUUUAAAGAAGUCAGUGUUACCAAAUGGCUCAGGAGUAACAUCUUUUGAUUAUAGGUUGGGUCGAACCUCUUUACUGAGUCCAAACAGACCGCAAUUUACUGAGAAGAUUAUAGAGGAUGAUAAUAAAAAUUCAGCUGGUGACAAAUGUGUAUUGGAGGAUUCCUUAGUUUUGGGUAAUGAUGGAGCUAUGGAGAAGGAAGACGACUUAGUAGAAAAUUAUAGUUCUAGAACAGAAAGUAGCCAAGGCAUAAAUGAUAAUAUGCUGGAAGAUGAUGUAAAAGUCAGAUAUCUGAGUGAUGAUGUGGAUGAAAUAUCCCUUUCAUCUUUGUCUUCUUCUGAUAAGAAUGAUUUGAGUGAAGACUUUAGUGAUGAUUUUGUAGAUAUAGAAGACUCAAACAGAACUCGGGUAACCCCAGAGGAAGUCCCACUCAAAGAGGAAAAUCUUGGAAGUGUUCCAUUAGUGGAUCCAUUUAAUUCUUUGAAAGAAAAUGAAAAACCCUUCAAUAAAACUGAUGAAUGGAUAGAUAUCAAUGUACCAGUAGAAGACAAGAAUGAAUGUACCAAGCAUACCACUGGGAAUAAUCUAAUUUCUCCAGAUAUGGAUUACAGAGCUGGUUCUUCAUUUGAGCUCUCCCCAUCUGAUAGCUCUGAUGGAACAUACAUGUGGGAUGAAGAGGGUUUGGAGCCCAUUGGAAGUGUCCAUCCAUGUGGAAGCUAUGAGUCUUCAGAAAUGAACAGCAUAGAUAUCCUGAACAAUCUUGACUCAUGUGACCUGGAAGAUGAUGAUCUCAUGCUUGAUGUGGACCUGCCUGAGGAUGCACCCCUUGAAAAUGUGGAGUGUGACAAUAUGAACCGCUUUGAUGGAUCGGACAGAAAUGUUCGACAGCAUCAGGAAGGCUUUUGGAAAAGGCCAGCCCAGAGAUGGAGUGGCCAAGAUCACUACCGCCUGAGUCACAGUGACAGCUAUCAUCAACAUGGGAAAACGGACCUGAGCAGAGGAUCUCCCUAUAGAGAAUCUCCUCUGAGUCAUUUCGAAAGCUACAGGGGAAGCAGUCUGUACCAGGGUCCUCGGAUGUUGGUAGAUGUACCUGAACACACUGUGAUGCUGGAUGAAAUGACUCUUCUGCACAUGGUCCAGGACUGCACUGCUGUAAAAACCCAGUUGCUUAAGCUGAAACGUCUGCUGCAUCAGAAUGAUGGGAAUGGCUCACAAGAUAUUCAGCUGUCAUUGCCAUCAAGUCCAGAACCAGAAUUAGAAGUUGGGGAUCAGAUUUAUAAGAAUGAAGAUCUGUUAAAUGAGAUAAAACUCCUUAAAGAAGAAUUGAAGAAGAAGGAUGAAAAAAUCCAGCAGUUGGAGCAGCAGCUCGCCACUAGAUGUAAAUGUCACCAUAAUUCUAAAGGGGAGAAGUGUACAUAUGCUGAUAAAUACACACAAACAUCGUGGAGAAGAAUUUCUCCUCAAGUACUACAGCCUUCCAGCAACCUUCCCAGGCCCACAGACCACGUCCAGGGAAAGCUAAUAAAGCCGCAACACAUCGAGGCCCACAGUGAAAGUCCUUCUGUGGACUCACAUCAGGAUGUUGAACGUUUGAAUGAAAAUUUUGCAGAUGAUUUUCAACAAAAAAGUGAUUAUGGCCUCAGAGACCUGCCCCAGUCACUAAAAUCAUCAUUGAUUAUGAAGGAAUUUACUAAGAAUAUACCUUCUGAAGAACACAUGAGUAUGACAGGGAAUGUUUCAAAGCCUGAUCAGUUGACUAGUAAUAAAACAAGUGAACUGGAAUCUGCACCCUCUUUCCAAGUGAGUACAGAAGAAGACCAAGCUCCAAAAGCUGUGAAAAAUCAGCCUUUGUUCACAGCUGGUACUACCCAUCCAAAGGCCUUGCAGUUUCAUAAGCCAUCAGUUGAUAAUACUUUGGUACCUUAUCCAGGGACCAUUUCUGAAUCAUCUCACAGUAGACCAACAGCUUGCAAGACAUCAGAGUUAACAACAUGUAAUCCAGCAAAACUUCAAACUACGAGUCAGACAAGCUUAAUAAGUAAGCCGAAUCAGAAAGCUUCUAAACUUCGCCCACCUUCAGUCUCCUCUUUUAAACAGAAGCAAAUAAUAAGCAGUCCCAGACAAGAGUCUCAGAACUUCCAAGGCAAGACAAACAUCCCAAGGCCAUUGACACAAAAAAAAGAGAUCAUCCAACAUCAAACUGCCAAUUUCCACUCUGGGGAUUGUUUGACCUCUAAACGGUAUUCUCGUCUCCCUAAGCCAAAGAUACAUUAAGGACAUAAUCAUCACAUGCCCAUUUCUUUGGAAAGAUUUGUUCAUUCUAUAAUUGUUUUCCAUACAUCUGAUUCCCAUGGUGAAGGCACUAUUAAAAAGCCUGCAAGUCUUGAUAUUAAAACAUAGAAGCUUCGAUUAGUUUUGCUAUUUAAUUCAGUUUUAUUACCUAGUUGAAGCCUAUGCCGUCUGAAUGUUCAUGUCUCAGGUAAACACAGAUGUUUGCUUAUCCAUCUCAAAGACCUGCAGAAGAAACUUGAGUUUGUUCCUCCCCACAAAAAAACAAAACAAAAACAAAACUAUGCUUUACCAUAGUGUUCCACUAAAAUAUUUAGGGUGUAUGGUUUGCUGACAUAGACGUUUUUUAAAAUUCUUAUUAAUCAUGCUUAUUUAAAAUACGAGUCCUUUUUGUUUGCCCCAACUUUUGAAUAUAACCCCUAUUUAAGAGGCUAGAGAUGUUGGUGAGCUGAUUAUUGUCUGGUACUCUAUUUCAGAGGCUUCUGCAAAACCUUUAUGGUCAUCUAAAGAACUCAAGCUUUUAGCAGGUUAUUAAUGUAUGUUAUAUUUUUCUCUUGCAAAAAUCAACAAAUCUUUUAAUUGGCAUAACUUCCCUGGCCUUCUCUGGGUAUCAGACAAAUCUCCCAGGCUGAAGGACAUCAUCUUAUGUGUAAACAUCUAUGCAUUGCUGUAACAUCUCAUUGGCAUAAUUUUUAUGUUCAGUUGAUGUUGUUACUGGGUAAAUUUUGGAAAUGGAGCUGAAGAUGCAUCUAUUUGCAAAACUUGACAAUGCUAAGAGUUUUGCUGGUGAUUGAAUCUUGAACUUACAAAGUUAAGGAUUCAUGAUACCUGUGUUUAAAGUUCUACAUAAUAUAUUUUAAAUUAGGUCUUUUAACUUUAUUGUAAUAUUUGUAUUUAUUGACUUUAUGCUAAUAUCAGAAGAUUCUGAAGUACCUGACUUGAAAUGUUUGCACAAAACUUUGAUGUAUGUAUAGGGAUUUAAAACUAUUUUGCAUAAUAAAAACUUGUGUUUAAUAAGUAAUAUUUUGAGAAAAAUCACAGAUUUGCUUUAAGCAAGCCCAUGAUAUCAUGAGAAGAGCUGGUACUCUUUAAGUGCUUUGAUUUUGCUUUUCUAUGCUUUUUUUUUCUUUCUUGUUUGUAUGGGAGUGUGCGCAUGAGUGACAAAUUCAUUGGAAGGUGAUUAGAAACUGAGGAGGACUAGUACAAGAACUAGAACUGGGGAGGGAAGAGUCUUUUACUAAACUGUUUUGACAGAUGUUCUCAGUUACUUCGUUUUCUUUUACAAGGCAGCUGUUGGACCCUGCAAGUUAGUGCAUGUAUAGAUCUAGUGGUGUUUUAGUGCCAUCAGGCUACAGAUUUUGUUUUGUAUUUCUCCAGUAACAGCAUCAGCUUGGAGCAAUAUUUUCCAAGAGAGGUAACCAUUACAAAGUGCUUUGGAUAACCAGAAAUAUUGGGUCAGGGUUUGUUUGUUUGUUUGUUUUGUAUCUGUUGACCAUUAAUUAAAGGGAAUAUGGCCAGGAAAUCAGUUGCAUGUAUUUCCAAUGAUUCCUUUAACCAUAAUUUACUGAUGAGAAGUAACUAUCCCUUUGGAAAUAAAAUAGGCAAAUGUUUCACUUUCUUUUUUACUUGAAAUUACAAAAUGCAAUUUGUCCUCAUGCUUGCUAAACUCAUCUUUCAUUCUGAAUUGUCAGAAAACCAUUUCUGUGCACAUGUUUGAAGAUAUAUCAGCCACAUAUAUUUAUGUCUUCCUGAUAACAACAAACAUACACAUACAAAAUCCCUUUACCCUUGCCAUAAAUUCUAACUGAAAAACAGCAGUAUAAUAGCAGGUUCCUGAUAUAGUGUCCAUUAUGGUCAUUUUAGUGUACUCAGACCUAUCAACAAGAUAUCUUAAUGUUCAUUAAUGGAGACAGGCUCUUGGGGCUUAAAGUCUGGAAAAGAUUAGUCCUUUUCCUUUGUGAAAAUUAAAAAUAAUUGAAUAGGUGCAGAUGACUUGAAAAGCAUUGAUUAGAGCAUUAGGUAGAUAAAUCUUUUUAGAAUGCUUCAAAUAACAAUCAUUGCUGAAGCCCAUUUGCAUUUUUCUUUUUGUUAUUUUCAUUUGUGCAAUAUUUUCAGGAGAAUGAGACUACUGUUCAAUUUAUUUGAAUAGAGAUGAGAGCCUUUAUUAACUAUUAUAACAAGUGAAAAAAUACAAGGAAAAAAAUCAGAUUUGCACUUUAAAUGAGCUUUAUUGCUUAGAGUUGUGCCUAAUCAAGAAGCCUCCUGUUGUACAUGACUAUUUUUGUUUGUUUGAAAUAAAUUUCUCUGUAAUUAUUGCUGUUUGAAGGCAUCUGUACAGCACUGAACAAAACUAUUAUACCACCUCGCAUGUCACUUUUUCCCUACAUUUCUUUGUAUAUUCCUUUGUUUUCCUAUAUUUUUGACUUAAUAGCAUACUGUAGAAUCUUUUUGUUUUCUCUAGCUGCCACUUACACAUAUUCCCAUAGUCUAGUAUGCUAGACUUAGAUGUACAAUCUCAAUUUGUGAGCACAGUAGAUUCCCUUGAUUUCACAUUCAUUGGGAAUGUACUUUGGGAUCCUGAAACACAAUUGAAAUGAGAAUCAAUAAACCUGCACAAGUUAAUAAUUUUUCAUGCUGCUAAAGGGUUGGAUUCUUUGUGGGUGGAUACCAUGGCAUGCAUGUGUAUCUCAAAUGCAUUUUGAAAUUUGGAGGAGCCCACAUCAUGUUUUCUUAAUAUUUUGCUCCAAGUGCAUUUUCAAAUCGACCUUCCAUGUAUUCUCUUUUAUUUCAGUGUGGCAGCAUGAGUUUUGAUACAUUUUGGAAGGCUCACAUUAAAAAUCAUCUAAAUUUUGUCAUUAAAUAAACAUGCAGUAUACUUUUGAUCACUGCUGUGAUAAAGCUGCUUCACUGCCUCCUUAGAUGUCAAAUCACAAUAAAAAUAGAAUGCCAAAUCCAAUAACAUUCUUAUUUAAAGACUUAAGUUUGAUGCUAGCUAACAGACAAAAAUACAACUAUUAAUACUUUUGAGUGUUUAUUUCUCCCUUUGUCUUUUUUUUUUUAAUUCGUCCAAAGUAUAUACUGUAUAUUGCAAUUUGCCUGUAAAGUAGAAAACCUUUAUGUAAAGACUCUUUCCUGAAAGUGUUGCUAUAGUGAAUAAAAAUAAAAUGGAUAAUUAUAAAUAUCACCCUUUUCUCUUAACAUUUCCUCAUAGUUUAUUUGGAACUUUGAGGGGGGUUUUAUUUUUAUUUUUGUUUUUAAUCACAAAACUAAAAUGAUGACAGAAGAAAGCUGCGGUUUUAAUUUGAUUUUCCUGAGUUGGUAUGGGUGCUUCCUUUUGUGUAGUAGUGAUGAUAUCAGCAGUUAGGAAAGGACAGUGCCUAGAUCAUCCACUUCUUCUCCAACUUAUUCAGUGUCUGGUGCUUCAGUUUCCUUUGGGAUGUAACACCGGCUUGCUACCAAUUUUAGAGAAAUUUUUGUGAGAAUUGUAGAAAAUUCAGAUCAUGAUGCCAUGUAAGGAGGAAAAAAAGCCAGUAUCCUUUUAACUUCUUCAUUCACAAAGCACAAGUGGAACAAGGAAAAAGGGGUGAUGAAUGGGACUUUAACAGGGAAUUACAUAUAUCAGAAAGAUUAUUUCAUUAAUGUCACUGCUCCCUCUACCAAUGCAGGUUGACAUCUUUUGGAAGCUUUUGAGACUAAAAAUCUCAGACUAAAAAAAAAAAAAAAGUCACCUGCUGCCCAGCCUUCUGUUGAUGAGCCUCUUGGCCGCUUUUGAAGACAGUCAGUCCCCUGAGCCUUUCCAUUACAUUAAGACAUGUCAGAAUUUGCACUGCUGAUUUUCUGAUUUUCUUCAUGAACCUAGGUCAUUGUCAGGCCAUUAUAUGGGGAUGGAGGACUGUCACUGGGGAACUGAGGAGAGAGACUAUCAGUAUUUUUAUUUUAAAAAAAAAAAAAA